CGUCUCGUUCGGUCCGCCCCGCUCCUCCCGACUGAACUCGGCUGUUCUCGUGGCGAAGGAAAAGGCGACGAGAGGGGCCAGACUGGUCGUACUGGGAAGGAAAAAAAGUAGACCAAACAUUUAAACAACACCACCCGUCAGCGAGAAGGGGAAAGCGUCACGACUCGGCCGGUUUGAACUCGCCGGUGAGGUCCACGAAAACCUGCUUUGAAAAUAUAAUAUAUAUAUAUAUAUAUUCAUAUUUUUUGAUGGUGUGACGCCAAACACAUUUAAGCGUAGUAGUGAGAUUGUGCCGCGAGCGACACCGCGGAGGCGAAGAGUCUCCUCCCAGUCUGUUGACGGACACGGUUUUUUGGGGCUUUCAGCGGAGAGGAGACACGACCCGACAGAAGGCCUCAGUUUGCUGCCUGCGCUGUACACGUCGCUCCAUCUACGACUCUGAUUGGACGUAGGGAAGGAAGCAGAUAAGUGUUACGUGGCCCAGGAUGUCUUCGAAGGCUCAGAGUUCCAAUAACCUCGCCCAUGCCCGGCGAACGGUGCAGCAGCUGAGAAUAGAGGCGAGCAUUGAGAGGAUAAAGGUAUCCAAGGCCUCUGCAGACCUCAUGAACUACUGCAGUGAGCACGCCAGAAACGACCCUCUGCUCAUGGGCAUCCCCGCCUCAGACAAUCCCUUCAAGGACAAAAAACCCUGCAAUAUAUUGUAGUAGACGCCACUUAGCAUCCAUGUGUUUCUUUUUGUGCUUAUUAAUGUUGCUGCAUUCGUUCUGUUGGGAGGAGUGAGGGGUGGCCUGUGAUUGUAUCAUUGCCAUGUGUUCCACUGUUCUGUUAUCAAGUCGGCCAUUCAACCCGGAAAAAAAAAGGAGGCUCUGCUAGUUCACUUUGAGCUCUGACCACUAACUCUAGACUUUGGCUGCAUGAGUUGCUGAUGCAUCAGGUACAGAAUGUUAUGUUCUGAAUAUUGUGACAACACAGUGAUGGAUUCGGUCCUUCCUGCUGUGUGUGCCGCCAUCGGGGGAGUGUCUGUUACUGUCGCUCUGGUUUGCCUUAAGUAAAUAGAUUCAUACGGCCAAAGUUUCCAUUCAGUCCUCGUUGCCUUUUAAAGCGGAUGAUAGUGGCUCUUAUCAGGUGGCUUCAGGCUUCCCAGAAGUAUUUUACUGAUUUUGAACAAUGUCGAUUAGCGAAUUCAGUGAGCGUUUAUUGUGACAUUGCAGUGCCGAAUAAUCUUAAUAGUUUUUACUUGUCAGCUGACUUUGUGUGCAGGGCAACACUGUGUAAUAAAAACCCCGGGACCAAGUCAACGAUACUGCGUCAAAACACAUCUCGAUAUGCAUCCGGAUUUAACUAUUUGUAGCCAUUACUUACCCGAAGAAUUUCUGCGGUACGCUAUUUUUGGGACACAUGCGACAUAAAGCACUGUCAGCAAGUGUUGCACAACACUGUGAGUCGCGCUUUCCACCUCCUCACAAGUGUCUUAGUCGAGGAGAUGUGGGUGUCGUGUGUUUGGUUCAGGUGCAAAUGUUUUUUGUUUGUUUUUUAAUUUAAACUAAAUGUGUUUCUGUGGGGGUCUUAAAUCUUCGGUCUAACAUGUACUUCAUGUUGUGAUUCAGUAAAUGUAACAAAAAACAGAAUGAAUAGUAUAAAUUAGGAAUUUCUUACACUCUGAAGCCUUACUUAUUUUUGCCUUGUGAAGCGUGAAGCCCAGUGCUUUCUUUAAACAAAAAUAAAAAUGAGUUUCUAUCGUUCUAACGUUUUUAUCUGAACAUGAUUUGUGACGGUAUCGUGCCAUCUGUUUCUCUGUGUCAAGCAAAACAAAGACGUAAGUUGUGUUUCACGUAACUGGUGCUCCUUUUGUUCAGCAGCUUUGGUAUUGUUGCCCUCUCCAAAGGGCACUUUCAGGUCUUCAAAUCAACAAAAUCGUAUCGUAUUAUUCAGUUGUAUUAAAUAAUUGUCUCAAACAGUGUUUUUCCUUGCCAUAAAGCACCCCGUAUCCCUCCAAAGGACAAGUUCAGAUAACUACUGCCAUGUCACGAUUUCUGUCCAUUCAGCAACUCCGUAAAUGCCUCAUUGUUCCACUGAUGUCUUAAUUUAACUGUCAGAUUCUGCGUUUUGAUAAAUGUCUUUAUUAAAAUACCAACCUUUAUAUGAAGACUUAACGAAGAUUAAUAAAGUGAAGCAUUCCUAAAGUACAGUACUGUAAUAAAAUCUCAAUAAAGAUGUGUUCUGCUGCACAGUCAAAAGAAUUUAA